AUGAUCCCAUCACAAUCCACCAUUACACGCCGGGCCUCCUACAGAAGAUGCAGACUGUCCUUCUUCAAGAAAGUUGUCGCCUCAUCACCACCAACAAGGCUGCCGAUGAAGCAGGAAUGUAUUGUGGCUGGUCUUAGUUAUGGAGGUCUUUUGGCUUUUUGUAGGCCAACUGAUUCAUCAUGGACCUUCAUUGAGACCAAAGACUUGCUCAAGUUUAAAGAUAUAGAAAUCCUUGAUGGGAAAUUAUAUGCUGUAACGACUGUGGAGCAAGCCUCGGCGUUUCUAAUGGUAUAUGACAUCCUCCCUGCGCAUGCCAAUGGUUAUAGGGUGCAUUCCAAGGACUCAUUCCGUUGUUAUUGCGGACGGGGAGGUCCUUUUCUAGUGAAAGAUUCGGCAGCCAAUGAAUUGUUUAUGAUUUUACAAAAGAUUUCAUUUAGACAUCAAAGUAAGAAUGAAAAAUUAUUCCAAGUGUUCAAGCUGGAUUACUGUAAGACUAAUGGUGGACCACCAUGGGAGGAGGUUGUUGACCUUGGUGAUCGAAUGUUGUUUCUGAGCGACGCAAGUAGUAUGUUCAUCGAGGACAAGACACUUGGAAAAAACUGCAUCUUUUUUGCUAUCAAUGAUGAAGGUGCUGGUUGUGAUGAUUGUGCUUUUGGGGUGCAUUCCUUGACAGAUAGGAACAUCAAACUGCUUGCUUUGCCUCAGGAUACAUCAUCUACCAUAAUCAAUGUUUUCAGUCGAACUCUUUGGUUCACACCACUUCCAUGGUAG